UCUAAUUGAACAAUGCGAUUCGCUCUUGUACUAGCGGCCCUGGUGGCCACAGCGACCGCCAUCCCAGUGCAGCUCAAGCUCCACGCUGCUGACCAGGACUUGCUGAAGAAACAGCAGGACAUAAUUUCCCUAUUGGAUCAGAUCCUCCAGCCAAUUCCCAACCAACAGUACCAGCAACUAGGCCUCACCUACGACAUCCAGCAACAUGUCCAGAACUACAAUGAACCAGAGCUCGUAAACUACUACUUGACACUCAUGAGAUUGGGUGAGAUCCAGCCAAAAGGAACUCCAUUCUCCAUCUCUGUGAGCACCCUCCGUAAGGAAGUGGCUGUCCUCACGAGAAUUCUCAUUGGCGCCAAGAACUACGACACCUUCGUCAAAACCGCUGCCUGGGCUCGCGUUCACGUAAAUGAGGAGCAAUACGUCAAGGCACUCAUCGCCGCUAUCCUCGUUCGACCUGACACUCAGGGAAUCGUACCCCCAGCCCUCUACGAGAUCUUCCCCCAGCACUACUUCGACAACAGAGUCAUCCAGCAGGCACAGCACGUUGUCAACAACCCAUUGACCAAGCAGACUGUCAUCAUCAACGUCAACUACACAGACACUCUGCCAGUUGGUGAGCAAUACCUGAGCUAUUUCACCCACGACAUCGGUCUCUCCUUGUACAACGCCUACACUGGUCUCGCUGGUUUGAUAACUCCAGAGCAAACCAUCCGCGGCGUCCAGGAGGAACAGGGUCAGGGUAACAUCGGACGUGGUUCCAUCUACUACUAUCUCCAGCGUCAGCUUCUUGGUCACUACAACCUCGCUCGUCACUCCAACUCUCUUGGCCCAAUUAAGGACCUCAAUGUUGAGCACCCAGACAUCUCCUACCAGCCCCACCUCCAGCAUAUCAACGGUCUUCCAUACCCAGGUCGCAGCGGCAGUGUCAACCUAGUGCCCAAACAGCACCAGCUCAUCAAGAAUGUCCAGGCAUUCGAGAAGAGACUCAUCCAGGCAAUCGACGCUGGCCACGUUAUCACACCCCAGCAGUCAUUCCUUUCUCUGUACCAGCCCCAGGGUCUCAACAUCCUCGGUGACUUGAUCGAGGGUGUCGGCAAGAGCAUCAAUCCAAGAUACUACGGUAGCUUCCAGGCAGCAGCUCGUCAACUUCUCGGCAAUGUCCCAGACUUCACCAGCAUCUACGACUACACACCCUCAGUCCUGCAACAGCACGAAACCGCUGUACGUGACCCCGUCUUCUUCAGCCUUGUCAAGCGUAUCGUCAAGCUCUUCAACCGCUACCAGAAUGGCCUGCCAGCAUGGCAAUACAACGAUGUUGUCCUCCCCACUGUACAAAUUGAGAACGUUGUCUUCCCCAAUCUCGUGACCUACUUCGAGCAGUACCAGGUGAACCUCAACAACGCAGUCCAACAGAAUGUUCACAACGUUGAGCAACAGAACGUGCAGGUCAAGGGUCAAGUACCAAGACUCAACCACAAGCCAUACGAAUACAAAAUCGUUGUCAAUGCUGAACAGCCAAUUCAAAACGCUGUUGUCCGCGUCUACCUUGGCCCCAAAUUCGACUACAACGGCAAGAUAAUCGACAUCAACGAGCACCGCCAAUACUUCGUCGAGCUCGAUCAGUUCGUUCACCAGCUCCAGCAGGGCCAGAACGUCAUCGUCAGGGACUCCCAGCACGCACCCCACCUGAGCUACGACUACCCAUCAAUCCAAAACCUCAAGGUCCACCUUGACAGCGCAAUCCGCAGCCAAAACCCGUACUACGUGCACGAGCCCCAGCAGAUCUUUGGAUUCCCAGCGAGAUUAUCCAUCCCCAAGGGACACUACGGUGGUCUUCCCCUUCAAAUCCUCGUUGUCAUCACCACUACUGAACCCACACAAAUCCCAUACGGCCCAGUUGUAACCCCAGACUACCAGUCGUACCAGACAAGCCACUACAAGGUCGUCGGUGUCAACGAAUACCCACAGGUCAUCCAGGGACACGGACCUGGUGGAAUCCAACAGGUAGUCGAUGUUGUUCCCGUCCACCCACAAACUGGAUUAACUGGCCAACAGGUGGAGAAAUUGAAGUACUACUACGGAAACUACCUCUACAAGAAGUACCCCACGAGCUAUCCCUUCCCCGCGAUAAUCCACCAGCACCAGGCUGGUGUUGUACCCACUGAGCAGUACCAGUACUACGGCCAACAGGUUCACCAGAACUCAAUGACCGGAGGCAUCGGACAGAUGGGCUAUGGCCACGGUGUCCAUCAGGGCAUUCACGGUCUCCAGGGAGUACACGGCAUCCAGGGAGUUCAAGGAGUCCAGGGUGUUUACUCAGGUGUCCAGGGAGUUGAGGGUGUCCAGGGAGUAACUGGAGUGACUGGAGUAACUGGAGUAGCUGGAGUAACCGGAGUAAGUGGAGUAACUGGAGUAAGUGGAGUAACUGGAGUGACUGGAGUACGUGGAGUACAUGGAGUGCAGGGAGUACAGGGAGUACAAGGAGUCCAAGGAAUCUACCAGCAGGUGCCCCUCGGUGUCUACCAGGAGAACGGGCAGAACGUUGAGGGUGUCUACAAUAACUACCAGCACAACGCUGAGUACCUGAAGAAAUACUACCAGGGCAAACACAUCAGCACCAUAAUCGGUGGUGCUGUCUCCCUCGACAACAAACCCCUGGGAUGGCCCCUGGACAGACCACUCGCCAAGAGUGCUCUCUACGCACCCAACAUCUUCGUCACUGGUGUCAUGGUUUACCAUGUAGACCAGGUUGACAAUGUCUACACCCAAUAACCUGCAGUUACUUGAUUUAUUAUUCUCUCUUCUUUGAAUUCUUUAACUGUGGAUUUGUAAUAAUGAGUUGUAAUAUUUGAAGUUAAUAAAUUGUUCAAUGCAA